CCCUUCCCCCCGAGAACGCGCAGGCGUAAAAAGUUAGUGUUUCUAUCUGCACCAGAAAGGGAAGGGGGAUUUAAAACCAGGCUGACAAAAAUGAGAAGGGUCGGAAAUUCUCCAUAUACACAAUCAAUUGUUUUAUCUAAGUUAGUUAGCUAUAUGUUUACCCGGUCGCUAGUGCAUAGAAUUCUGCUUACUAAUUUAUUAGCUAGCAAGAAAGUUGCUUAACUGUUGGCUACAAAGAAAGUGAACCUGUCUAAAUGUGUAUUUAUAGAGGAAUGUCUAGCGUUGAACUAUAACGCAAUCAAUGAUUGUUGACACUUUUAUCCAAUUUAGCUGGCUAGACAUUCUGCACGUGACUACUGCUUUUGAAACGUUGGAUCACAUCAAACAAUAAUAAAACGGAGAUAGCUAGCGUACUAUUGAGCUUGUUAGCUAGCUAGCUUCCGUGCUUGUUAGCUAGUUGUUCGACCAGCGUGCACAUUACCUCCGUUACUCUGUGGAUUCAUCUAUCAAGAUAAUUAACUUGACCUCGUUAAUUUUGUACAGUGGAUCUGUAUAUAUUUGUUUUGGAACCAGCUAGCGGUUGGUUAAUGAUGGGGCCCCGACAUAGUUAACCAUCUGAUACAAAUCAUGGGAGGAUGUGUUGGGAGAGAACGCGAGGACACACAGGGCCACGGUUCAUCCAGGAGCGGUGGAAGGACACACCGAAAACGUGGAGGUCGCAAUGAGCCCCUCAAGAAGGACAAGCCCAAGUGGAAGAGUGACUACCCCAUGACGGAGGGCCAGCUCCGCAGUAAGAGGGAUGAGUUCUGGGACACCGCGCCGGCCUUCGAGGGACGCAAGGAGAUAUGGGACGCCCUGAAGGCGGCCACUGUGGCCCUGGAGUGCAACGACCACGAGCUGGCCCAGGCCAUAGUGGAUGGAGCCAGCAUCACACUGCCUCACGGGUCCCUGACGGAGUGUUAUGACGAGCUAGGUAGCUGCUACCAGCUGCCUGUUUACUGCCUGGCCCCUCCGGUCAACCUGAUCUCCGAGCGCAGCGACGAGGACCCCAGUGACAACCCCGAGCCCACCGCUGCCCCCAAGAAGGAGUUCCAGCUCAAGGUGCGCCUUUCCACGGGCAAGGAUCUGCGCCUUAGCGCCAGCAUGGCCGACCCCAUCGGGCAGCUGAAGAAGCAGCUGCAGGCCCAGGAGGACAUCGACACGGCCCACCAGCGCUGGUUCUUCUCGGGCAAGCUGCUCACGGACAAGACCCGCCUGCAGGACACCAAGAUCCAGAAGGACUUUGUCAUCCAGGUCAUCGUCAACCCGCAAGCCCCCAUUAACUAGGUCCCAGGUGAGUAGGGGUGAAGAGGAGGGGUGAUGGAGAGACCGGACUGGAUACGAGGAACCCCGGAUAAUGGCUUUACCACUGCUCUUUAAAACGGAGAGGUGAUCUGGGGAAUUAUAAGAGAUGAAUAACAGAAGGGAGAGACUCCAAAGUGCUGCUUUUCAAUGUCUACCAUUAAAGAGUGAAAUAUUUUUGAAUGCGUGACUUCACUGUGGGAGGGUUGGUCGAUUUGAUUGAUCUAGCCAGACCAGACCUCUCACUCUGAGAAGGGUGUUCUGUGUCACUCACCACACUAACUCUGGAGUCACACUGUCCACUGAGACCUCUACCCUCCCUCCCCUUGCAAAAAUGACCCAAAUCACAGCAGAAUUGCCCUUCCAACCCAGAUGUGAGACACUGCAGGUGUGAACUGCAUGGCAUUUGCAAGGGGUCUGCGUCUGCACUAACGGUAACUAAGUGCCAAUAUAAAUCGCAGAGUAAUUUGGAUCGGUUGUAAAGCACCCCCCCGUCAUAGAUUCCUACCUUGAUCCACCAUCAAGUGAGAUACAAACUAUUUUUCGCAUUCAAAUUCUUUUAAUAAGCUUUUUUUGCACACUUGAUUAUAUUUGCGUAGUAGUUUGUGUGCCUUCAAGGAAGAAAACAAAACAAAAUCCUAGGGGGAAAACUCUAGUUUUACUGCUAAAGCUUUCUUUCUCUAGAAUCAGGAAUAAUCUUUUCAUAGAUCUAUAAAAAUAAAAAAUCCUAAGUAUACUGCUGCCUUUUCCGAUCGUUUGUCUCGUCAGUUGUUGAAGUUCAAAUUUACUGUGGUGUUUUCAUGGCUGUUUUCCACGUGUUGUCCCCCUCACCUGUUUUUGUUGUUGUUGUAUGUACUGUAAAGUGACUGAUUAGAGCCCAGCCCUCAUGCUGUGCCACAUAACAAUCCUGAGGUGAAAUGUGAAGCUAUAGUGAAGAUGAUUGGAGUAUGCCUCUGUUUUUAAUAUACACCGAGUGUACAAAAUAUUAGGAACACCUUCCUAAUAUUUAGUUGCACCCCCCUUUGCAGCCUAAAUUCGUCGGGGCAUGUCCUCUACAAGUUGUUCGAAGCGUUCCACAGGAAUGCUGGCCCAUGUUGACUCCAAUGCUUCCCACAGUUGUGUCAAAUUGUCUGAAUGUCCUCUGGGUGGUAGAACAUUCUUGAUACACACAGGAAACUGUUGAGCGUGGAAAAACCUAGCCAGCGUCACAGUUCUUGACACUCAAACCGGAGCGCCUGGCACCUACUACCAUACCCCGUUCAAAGGCGCUUAAAAUCGUUUGUCUUGUACAUUCACCUUCUGAAUGGCACGCAAACACAAUCCAUGUCUCAUUUGUCUCGGGGCUUAAGAAAAAAUCCUUCUUUUAACCAGUCUCCUCCCUUUUCAUCUACACUGACGUUGAAGUGGAUUUAACAAGUGACGUCAAUACGGGACCAUAGCGUUCACCUGGUCAGUCUCACCGAAACAGCAGGUGUUCCCGACGUCUUGUACACUCAUGGAAUUGUACAACAUGUGCUUGUCUUUCUCAGGUGCCACCUCACUGCCCCUGAGGUGCUCCUUUAUCCUUCACAUUGGCCUUUUUGGUUUUCCACCUCUUUCUCUCUCUCUCUCUCUCCCUCUAAGCACUUUGCCCCCCCCAAUAACCUGAGGCUUCACUAGACGGACCUGUAGUCUUCAAGAGCAGGGUGGUCAAGCUAAUUUUGGAUCCCCUUGUAUCCGGCUGUCGAUGCGGAUUCUGAGCCCCAGCCAGCCGACCCAGCGUAAAGUUAGCUGACCCGAGCUUAGUCCAUUCAGCACGCAGACCGUAAUCCAUCCCCUUCCUCCCACACAAACAAAAGCCAGGCCAAGCUGACUCUCUGAGCAGUAGCUGCACCAAUAUGCCUCUGAGCCUGGGCUGCCAUGGGGAUGGCAAGAGGGUAGGAGUUGUUUCCCUUAACCACCAGACCCCCAAUCCUAACCUUAACCAUUAGGGGGGAUGAAAACUAUCUGACCCUGUAUGAGGGGUUAGAAGUAUCUUCUCUUUUAACUGCUCUGUAGGGAUGAUAGAGGGGCGAGGGUGUCUUUGCAGGAGGGUUCCCGACAAACUGCUGCUGCUCACUCAUUUGACUGCCGGCCAGAUCGCGAAGAAGCAAACCAGACGGUAGUGAAGUUCAAUUCCCCUCGAGCCUUAAUGUGGCCUAAAAAAAACAACAACAUAGGACACCAUACUUGUUGGUGGACGGUUAAGCUGGAGAUGGAAAGACCUGUACCAUGCUAUUGUCAUCAUGGUUACGCUAUCAUUUUAGGUUUUUAUUUUUUUUGUCUGCGGAGGAAUCAUUUGAACUUCAUCCAUUUUAGCUUCAACAGUUGAUUCAUACUGUGCUGGGAAUGUAUUGAACAUUUUAUGCAAACUUGAAUAAGCAUUUCUCUCAACUUAUAAUGUAUUUAUGUGCAAUACAGACUAGACCUUGAUUCUUCCCAUAUUUCAUGUGUACCGUAGCAUUAGCUAUGACUAUUGUAAAGGUUCUCAAACGCCGAACUUCACGUAGGAGCCUGCUAUGUUCAGAUUGCUUUGUCAUUGAACAAUCAACUUUCUUUGACCUUGUCCAGAGUUUCAUAUUGCUUUUGUCUCUGUUUUGAAAUGUCGUCCCUUCUAGAAAAGUGUUUUCAAGUAGCAACAUCUUUCUUUUAAUGGCAUGACCUCACUAUGAUAAUCAUGUACUUUCUGUGAAUUGGCUCGGCCUCUGAGGUUAGCACAUCAUUUGGGGCUCAUAAGACCUACCUUUGCAAUAGAGCCUCUUUGUAAAAAAAUAUUUAAAAAAUCUCGGCCCAUGUUCUGUUAGCUGGGUCGUUACACUUUUCUCAGAAUGUGUCUCAAAUGUUGGCUUCAACUAUGGUAAUUUUGUAGUCAUAUGAGAGCUGUAUCAAGAUACGGCGGUUUAACAUCAAGGUACAAAUCCCUACGCGAGACGGCAUAAAAAUAUAAACCUCACCGUAAUCAAUGUGAGGGAUCUGCUCGAUAUUGCCAGUAAGGACAAAUCUGAUACCGCAGAGCAUUGACAUCACACAAGGGCCGCGGUUCGAUCCAGGCCAGGGGAGCAGGAGAGAGCGGAAUAAAGAGACUUCUUUGUUUUGUUUUUUUCUGAGACCUGUGAACCUCCCAUCACUGCAGUUGGACAUUUUCAACAACUCUAGGAAUAUGAUCCCUUAUGCAGACAAUUAAUCAGACACCAUGUUUUUUUCUGGGUUUUAGUAAGAACGUGCAAGUAUAUUUGUAUGUACUGUAUGCCUAAUACACGUUUGAUCAUUUGGAGUUCAGGUCAGGAGUUUCAUUUGUGUCUUUCUGUAGUGUCCAUAGUCAUGGUAUUAGUUAUGGUACACAGGUGGACUCAGUUAUACAGUGGACUUAAGCAAGCAGGUUAAAAAGCCAUAUGGCCACAGAUAUUUAUUUGAGUUAUUUUGUGGACUACAAAAGGACACAAUGUAGACUGCUUUGUUUUCCUCUCGAACCUCAGAUCCUAAGAAGCCAUUGCAUUUUAAUGAAGCGUUUUCCCCCUGGGUGAAUCGAGAGGCAGCCCCUUCCUCAACAGCUCAAAGCAGAUACGUGCUAAUUGUGCUUUUGAUGAUGUCAAAGAGGAUAAAGCCGUAUAAAAAAUCUGUAUAUUUAGUCAUUUUGAAAAAUACGUGAUUUAUUAGGAGAUUUCUGAUAAUUAAAUAUGCCUACGACUUGUUUUACAAGUGACGUGUACAUUUAUAAGAUGAU